GCGGCGGGGUCCGCGGUGAGGGCGCCGCGGCGGCCGGGGACGGGCUGGGCAGACCCCUGGGGCCCACCCCGAGCCAGAGCCGCUUCCAGGUGGACUUGGUUUCCGAGAACGCCGGGCGUGCUGCUGCUGCGGCGGCGGCGGCUGGUGCUGGGGCGGGGGCCAAGGAGACUCCCGCAGACGGGAAAGCUAGCAGUGAAAGCGGGCCAGCCAAGGGCAGUGAGGAAGCCAAGAGCCGCUUCCACGUGAACUUCGUGGACCCGGCUGCCUCCUCGUCGGCGGACGAGAGCUUGUCGGAUGCGGCGGGGGUUGGAGGCGACGGGCCCAACGUGAGCUUCCAGAACGGCGGGGACACGGUGCUGAGCGAGGGCAGCAGCCUGCACUCGGGCGGCGGCGGCAGUGGGCACCACCAGCACUACUACUAUGACACUCACACCAACACCUACUACCUGCGCACCUUCGGCCACAACACCAUGGACGCCGUGCCCAGGAUCGACCACUACCGGCACACAGCAGCGCAGCUGGGCGAGAAGCUGCUCCGGCCCAGCCUGGCGGAGCUCCACGAUGAGCUGGAAAAGGAACCUUUUGAGGAUGGCUUUGCAAAUGGGGAAGAAAGUACUCCAACCAGAGAUGCUGUGGUCAUAUAUACAGCGGAAAGCAAAGGAGUUGUGAAGUUUGGCUGGAUCAAGGGUGUAUUAGUACGUUGUAUGUUAAAUAUUUGGGGUGUGAUGCUCUUCAUUAGAUUGUCAUGGAUUGUGGGUCAAGCUGGAAUAGGUCUUUCGGUCCUUGUAAUAACAAUGGCCACUGUUGUGACAACUAUCACAGGAUUGUCUACUUCAGCAAUAGCUACUAAUGGAUUUGUACGAGGAGGAGGAGCAUAUUAUUUAAUAUCUAGAAGCCUAGGGCCAGAAUUUGGUGGUGCAAUUGGCCUGAUCUUCGCUUUUGCCAAUGCUGUCGCAGUUGCUAUGUACGUGGUUGGAUUUGCAGAAACCGUGGUGGAGUUACUUAAGGAACAUUCGAUACUUAUGAUAGAUGAAAUCAAUGAUAUCCGAAUUAUUGGAGCCAUUACAGUUGUAAUCCUUUUAGGUAUCUCAGUAGCUGGAAUGGAGUGGGAAGCAAAAGCUCAGAUUGUUCUUUUGGUGAUUCUACUACUCGCUAUUGCUGACUUCGUCAUAGGAACAUUUAUCCCAUUGGAGAGCAAGAAGCCCAAAGGGUUCUUCGGUUAUAAAUCUGAAAUAUUUAAUGAGAACUUUGGACCAGAUUUUCGAGAGGAAGAGACUUUCUUUUCUGUAUUUGCCAUCUUUUUUCCUGCUGCAACUGGUAUUCUGGCUGGAGCAAAUAUCUCAGGUGAUCUUGCAGAUCCUCAGUCAGCUAUACCCAAAGGAACACUCUUAGCCAUUUUAAUUACUACGAUGGUUUACAUAGGAAUUGCAGUAUCUGUAGGUUCUUGUGUUGUUCGGGAUGCCACUGGGAACAUUAAUGACACUAUUGUAACAGAACUAACAAACUGUACUUCUGCAGCCUGUAAAUUAAACUUUGACUUUUCAUCUUGUGAAAGCAAUCCUUGUUCCUACGGCCUAAUGAACAACUUCCAGGUAAGCAUCAAAUUUAUAUUAUACAGACAUUCUGUAUAUGCUCUAUGUAAGGACAACAUCUACCCAGCUUUCCAGAUGUUUGCUAAAGGUUAUGGGAAAAAUAAUGAACCUCUUCGUGGCUACAUCUUAACAUUUUUAAUUGCACUUGGAUUCAUCUUAAUUGCUGAACUGAAUGUUAUUGCUCCAAUUAUCUCUAACUUCUUCCUUGCAUCAUAUGCAUUGAUCAAUUUUUCAGUAUUCCAUGCAUCGCUUGCAAAAUCUCCAGGAUGGCGUCCUGCAUUCAAGUACUACAACAUGUGGAUAUCACUUAUUGGAGCAAUUCUUUGUUGCAUAGUGAUGUUUGUCAUUAACUGGUGGGCUGCAUUGCUAACAUAUGUGAUAGUCCUUGGGCUAUAUAUUUAUGUUACCUACAAAAAACCGGAUGUGAACUGGGGGUCCUCGACACAAGCCCUGACCUACCUGAAUGCACUGCAGCAUUCGAUUCGUCUUUCUGGAGUGGAAGACCAUGUGAAAAACUUCAGGCCACAGUGUCUUGUUAUGACAGGUGCUCCCAACUCACGGCCAGCUUUACUUCAUCUUGUUCAUGAUUUCACAAAAAAUGUUGGUUUGAUGAUCUGUGGUCAUGUACAUAUGGGCCCUCGAAGACAGGCCAUGAAAGAGAUGUCCAUUGAUCAAGCGAGAUACCAGCGAUGGCUUAUUAAAAACAAAAUGAAGGCUUUUUAUGCUCCAGUACAUGCAGAUGACUUGAGAGAAGGCGCACAGUAUUUGAUGCAGGCUGCUGGUCUUGGGCGUAUGAAACCAAACACACUUGUCCUUGGAUUUAAGAAAGAUUGGUUGCAAGCAGAUAUGAGAGAUGUGGAUUUGUAUAUAAACUUAUUUCACGACGCCUUUGACAUGCAAUAUGGUGUAGUAGUUAUCCGCCUACAAGAGGGUCUGGAUAUAUCUCAUCUUCAAGGACAAGAAGAAUUAUUAUCAUCACAAGAGAAAUCUCCUGGUGUCAAGGAUGUGGUGCUAAGUGUGGAAUAUAGUAAAAAAUCGGAUUUAGAUACUUCCCUACCAUCUGGUGAAAAAGCUGUUACACAUAAAGAUGAGGAAGAGGAUGGCAAGACUCCAACUCAACCACUGUUGAAAAAAGAAUCCAAAGGCCCUGCUGUUCCUUUAAAUGUAGCUGACCAAAAGCUUCUUGAAGCUAGUACACAGUUUCAGAAAAAACAAGGAAAGAAUACUAUUGAUGUCUGGUGGCUUUUUGAUGAUGGAGGUUUGACCUUAUUGAUACCUUAUCUUCUGACUACUAAGAAAAAGUGGAAAGACUGUAAGAUCAGAGUAUUCAUUGGUGGGAAAAUAAACAGAAUAGACCAUGACCGGAGAGCGAUGGCUACUUUGCUUAGCAAGUUCCGGAUAGACUUCUCCGAUAUCAUGGUCCUAGGAGAUAUUAAUACUAAACCAAAGAAAGAAAAUAUUGUAGCUUUUGAUGAAAUGAUUGAGCCGUACAGACUUCAUGAAGAUGAUAAAGAACAAGAUAUUGCAGAUAAAAUGAAAGAAGAUGAACCAUGGCAAAUAACAGAUAAUGAGCUUGAACUUUAUAAGACCAAGACAUACCGGCAGAUCAGGUUAAAUGAAUUAUUAAAGGAACAUUCAAACACAGCUAAUAUCAUUGUCAUGAGUCUCCCAGUUGCACGAAAAGGUGCUGUGUCUAGUGCUCUCUACAUGGCAUGGUUAGAAGCUCUAUCUAAGGGCCUACCACCAAUUCUCCUAGUCCGUGGGAAUCAUCAGAGUGUCCUCACCUUCUAUUCUUAAAUGUUCUACAUAGUGGACAGCCCUCCAGACGGUACUUCAGUGCCUAGUGAAGUAACUGAAAUCUUCAAUGAUACGUUAAAAUCACAAUGGCGAACUGUGACUUUUCUUUCACUAUUAUAUUAAUUUGAAAGCACACAGGGAAGUUGCUCCACUGAUAUGUGUAUGGAGACUUCAGUUUUAGUCAAUUCUCUAUCUCAGUCUUAAUGAAUGAUGAUUCCUUGUUGGACUGAAGCUCAUGAGAGUAAAGUUUUCCUUUGCUACUUGAAUAGCAAUAAAAGUGUGUUAUUUUUUGAUUGAUGAAAGGAGUACAAAAAGCCUUUAGCCUUGAGGUGCCUUCUGAAAUUAACCAAAUUUCAUCCAUAUAUCCUCUUUUAUAAAUUUAUAGAAUGUCA